AUGUCGAUCCCAUGUCGAACCCUCGCACGUCCCGCGCUACCGUUCCUCCGAACUGCGACGAGGACGACGGCACAGCCCUCAUCCAUCUUCCUCGCUAGGUCCGUCGCCGUCUCCGCCACUCCGCGCUCCGUCGCCGUCGGCCGCAUCGCCAGCGCAGCUCUCCCGCGACGAUGGUACUCUGCCGACAGCGGGGAGUGGAAGUCGUACAGCUUCGACGAGGUGACGGAGCAGAUUAAGCGGAAUGACGAGAUCGCCAAGGGUGGGAAGGGGCAAGAGGUUAUAUUUGUUGAUGUCCGCGAACCCCAUGAACUACAGGAGACCGGCAGAAUCCCAGGUGCCAUCAACAUCCCCAUCGACAGCGCCAUGAAGAGCUUCCACAUCUCAGACGAAGAAUUCCUCAACACAUUCGGGUACGACCGCCCCCCGCGCGACGCCCACCUGCUCUUCUACUGCAAGGCCGGCGUGAGGGCCAAGACGGCCCUGGCCCUCGCCCAGCAUGCCGGGUGGAAGAAUGUGGCUGAUUACCCCGGCUCGUGGCUCGAUUGGGACAGGAACAAUGGCGAGAGGGAAGUUCAGAGAGGGAAUUCCCAGUGGGAUAGGUUGACGGGCAAGAACUGA